AUUUAACCCGGAGACUGACUUCAAUGUAGAAACACCCACAAUUGUAUCAAUGGUUGGGAAAAGAUCGUGACAACGGGUAACAGAAGGACAUCUCUGACAUCGUAAGGACUAUGAGUAUGCUCAAACCAAGUGGGCUGAAGGCCCCAACCAAGAUCCUUAAGCCUGGAAGCACAGCCUUGAAGACUCCAGUUGCUGUUAUAGCUCCAGUAGACAAAGCAAUAUCCAGUGAAAAAGCUCCAAGCAUUCCCUCUGAGACACAAGAGGAAUUUGUGGAUGACUUUCGAGUUGGGGAGCGAGUUUGGGUGAACGGGAAUAAGCCUGGAUUUAUCCAGUUUCUUGGAGAAACCCAGUUUGCACCAGGCCAGUGGGCUGGGAUUGUUUUAGAUGAACCCAUCGGCAAAAAUGAUGGCUCAGUGGCAGGAGUCCGGUAUUUCCAGUGUGAACCUUUAAAGGGUAUAUUUACCCGACCUUCAAAGUUAUCAAGGAAGGUACAAGCAGAAGAUGAAGCUAACGGCCUACAGACGACUCCUGCUUCCAGAGCGGCCUCUCCUCUGUCCACUUCUGCAGCCAGUGCCGUGUCAUCCUCCCAAGCAACCCCUGCAAAUCUUCCCCAUAAAAUAUCCCAGACUGCAGCAAAGGAAGCUCCGACUACGCCUCAGAUUAGCAACCUUACAAAAACUGCCAGCGAAUCCAUCUCUAACCUUUCAGAAGCUGGCUCAGUCAAGAAAGGAGAGAGAGAGCUCAAAAUUGGAGACCGAGUAUUGGUUGGCGGCACAAAGGCUGGUGUGGUCCGGUUUCUUGGGGAGACGGACUUUGCCAAGGGGGAAUGGUGUGGCGUGGAGUUAGACGAACCUCUUGGGAAGAACGAUGGAGCUGUUGCUGGAACAAGGUAUUUUCAGUGUCAACCCAAAUAUGGCUUGUUUGCACCUGUUCACAAAGUCACCAAGAUUGGCUUCCCUUCCACGACACCUGCCAAAGCCAAGGCUGCUGCAGUGAGGCGAGUGAUGGCGAGCACGCCCGCCAGCCUGAAGCGCAGCCCUUCAGCCUCCUCCCUCAGCUCCAUGAGCUCGGUAGCCUCCUCCGUGAGCAGCAAGCCCAGUCGGACGGGAUUAUUGACUGAGACCUCCUCCCGGUACGCCAGGAAGAUCUCCGGCACCACUGCCCUCCAAGAGGCCCUGAAGGAGAAGCAGCAGCACAUUGAGCAGCUGCUGGCUGAACGGGAUCUAGAGAGGGCGGAGGUGGCCAAGGCCACGAGCCACGUGGGGGAGAUAGAGCAGGAGCUAGCUCUGGCUCGGGAUGGACACGAUCAGCAUGUUCUGGAAUUGGAGGCCAAGAUGGACCAACUGCGAACAAUGGUGGAAGCAGCUGACAGGGAGAAGGUGGAGCUUCUUAACCAACUUGAAGAGGAGAAAAGGAAGGUUGAAGAUCUUCAGUUUCGGGUUGAGGAAGAAUCCAUUACCAAAGGCGAUCUUGAGCAAAAGAGCCAGAUUUCUGAAGAUCCUGAGAAUACGCAGACCAAACUGGAGCAUGCCCGCAUUAAGGAGCUUGAACAGAGCCUGCUCUUUGAAAAGACCAAAGCUGACAAACUCCAGAGGGAGUUAGAAGACACUAGGGUGGCUACAGUGUCAGAAAAGUCUCGCAUCAUGGAACUAGAAAAAGACCUGGCAUUGAGAGUCCAGGAAGUAACUGAGCUCCGAAGAAGACUUGAGUCCAGUAAGCCUGCAGGGGAUGUGGAUAUGUCACUUUCCCUGCUGCAAGAGAUAAGUUCUCUGCAAGAAAAGUUAGAAUCCACUCAGACUGACCGCCAGAAAGAAAUAACUUCUCUGAAGGAGCAUUUUGGAGUCCGUGAAGAAACACACCAGAAGGAGAUAAAGGCCCUACAGACAGCAACGGAGAAGCUUUCCAAAGAGAAUGAGUCAUUGAAAAGCAAGCUUGAUCAUGCCAAUAAGGAGAACUCAGAUGUGAUAGCUCUGUGGAAAUCAAAGCUGGAGACUGCCAUUGCAUCCCAUCAGCAGGCGAUGGAAGAGCUGAAGGUGUCCUUUAGCAAGGGAGUCGGAAUGGAAACAGCAGAAUUGGCAGAGUUAAAAACACAAAUAGAGAAAGUGAGACUAGAUUACCAGCAUGAGAUAGAAAAUUUACAGAAUAAACAAGAUUCUGAACGGUCUGCUCACGCUAAAGAGCUAGAAGCCCUUAGGGCUAAUCUGAUGAAAGUCAUUAAAGAAAAGGAGAACAGUCUGGAAGCCAUUACCUCAAAGAUGGACAGAGCAGAGGACCAACAUCUCAUCGAAAUGGAAGACACGCUAAACAAAUUACAGGAAGCGGAAAUAAAGGUAAAGGAGCUAGAGGUACUGCAAGCCAAAUGCAGUGAACAAACCAAGGUUAUUGAUAAUUUUACAUCACAGCUCAAGGCUACUGAAGAGAAGCUCUUGGAUCUUGAUGCGCUUCGGAAAGCCAGUUCCGAAGGUAAAUCGGAAAUCGAGAAUCUUAGACAGCAGCUUGAGGCAGCCAAGAAUCAGAUUAAAAAUUUAGAGAUUGAAAAGAAUGCUGAGAGUGGCAAGACUAGUAGCAUUACCAAAGAGCUCCAGGGGAGAGAGCUAACAGUUACUAACCUUCAGAAAAAUUUGUGUGAAGUCACUCAAGUGAAAGAGACGUUGGAGAAGGAGCUUCAGAUUUUGAAAGAAAAGUUUGCUGAUGCUUCAAAGGAGGCUGUCUCUGUUCAGGAAAGUAUGCAAGAAACUGUUACCAAAUUACACCAAAAAGAAGAACAGUUUAAUGUGCUGUCCUCUGAACUGGAGAAGUUGAGAGAAAAUUUAGCAGAUAUGGAGGCAAAAUUCAGAGAAAGUGAUGGCAGAGAAACGCAAUUAAUAAAGGCGAAGGAGAAAUUAGAAAACGAUAUUACAGAGAUGAUGAGGAUGUCGGGAGAUAAUUCUUCUCAGCUGACGAGAAUGAACGAUGAGUUACGUCUGAAAGAAAAAUAUAUAGAAGAAUUACAGCAAAGACUUACCAAGGCAAACGAUAAUGCAGAUGUUCUGCAGAAAAGUAUUGGGGAAGUAACUCUUAAAGCUGAGCAGAGCCAACAAGAAGCAGCUAAAAAAAAUGAAGAAAAGAAAGAGAUGCAGAUGAAAUUGUUGGACCUGGAAAAGAGGAUGGAGGUGAGCCACAACCAAUGUCAGGAUUUGAAGGCCAGGUACGAGAAAGCCAGUUCUGAGACAAAAACCAAGCACGACGAGGCCCUGCAGGACCUCCAGAAGGUGCUGGCAGACACAGAGCGGAGGCUAAAAGCUGCGCAGGAGGAUAACAGGGACCUGUUGCAGGAGAUGGAGGAGCUGAGAAAACAAGCUGACAAAGCCAAAGCUGCCCAAAGUGCAGAAGAUGCCAUGCAGAUCAUGGAGCAGAUGACCAAAGAGAAGACUGAGACUCUGGCCUCCUUGGAAGAUACCAAGCAAACAAAUGAAAAACUCCAGAAUGAAUUGGAUACACUUAAAGAAAAUAACUUGAAAAAUGUGGAAGAGCUGAACAAAUCAAAAGAACUUCUGACUGUAGAGAAUCAAAAAAUGGAAGAAUUCAGGAAAGAAAUAGAAACCCUAAAGCAGGCGGCGGCACAGAAGUCCCAGCAGCUGUCAGCGCUGCAGGAAGAGAACAUCAAACUUGCUGAGGAGCUGGGCAGGAGCCGGGACGAAGUCACAAGUAAUCAAAAGCUGGAAGAAGAGAGAUCUGUGCUCAAUAAUCAAUUGUUAGAAAUGAAAAAGAGGGAAUCCAAGUACAUAAAAGACACAGAUGAAGAGAAAGCUUCAUUGCAGAAAUCCAUCAGUAUUACUAGUGCCUUACUCACGGAGAAGGAUGCGGAGCUGGAGAAGCUGAGGAAUGAGGUGACCGUGCUGAGGGGAGAGAAUGCCUCUGCCAAGUCCUUGCACUCCGUGGUUCAGUCUCUCGAGUCUGAUAAGGUGAAGCUUGAGCUAAAGGUAAAGAACCUGGAGCUCCAGCUCAAAGAAAACAAGAGGCAGCUCAGCAACUCCUCAGGUAACACUGACACUAAGGCAGAAGAGGACGAGCGAGCCCAGGAGAGUCAGAUUGAUUUCCUAAAUUCAGUCAUUGUGGACCUUCAGAAGAAGAAUCAAGACCUCAAGUUGAAGGUGGAGAUGAUGUCAGAAGCAGCCCUCAACGGCAAUGGGGAAGACCUGAACAAUUAUGACAGUGAUGACCAGGAGAAGCAGUCCAAGAAGAAACCUCGCCUUUUCUGUGACAUCUGUGACUGCUUUGACCUCCAUGACACAGAGGACUGUCCCACCCAGGCACAGAUGUCCGAGGACCCACCCCACUCCACACACCACGGCAGCCGGAGCGAGGAGCGGCCGUACUGUGAGAUCUGUGAGAUGUUUGGACACUGGGCAACCAACUGCAAUGAUGAUGAGACCUUCUGAUGAAGCCAGAAGUCAAGAGCUGGCCUUUCCCAGAUACACUUAAGAUCGAAAACUUAACACCAGCAAUGUGUGUGGACUUCAGGAGAACUCUUAUUAGUUUUGACCGCAGUAACCAACCAAUCUAAGAAAAAUAUUUUCAUCUCCAACAAAUAACCCUGUUAGUCUCCCCUUAUUAUAAAUUAGAAUAAUAAAUAAAUGCCUAGAGGGUGAGUUUUCACCUCGCCUGUUGUCUUGAUGUUUAAAAGCUUGAAGAACAUGCUGCACCACAUGCAUUAGCUGUGUGGCCCCUCGCAGAACAGUCCCUUAUUUAAAUCACUUUAAAUUAUGCUGUUACUUUUCAUAUUUGCACUAAACUAUUUCCAGGCUGCAUUUGUAUAUUUAGAUUUUGUUUUUUGUUUUGUCAAGCUCUGACACUGGAAUGAGUGGCAAAAAAAAAAAAAAAAAGGUUCCAUUUUUGCAUUUUUGCAUUUUUGCAUUUUCAUCUCCUCAUUUAAAAGAUUUUAUUUCUAGUCAAAGACACAGCUGAGCUUUUUGCGCUACCUGAUUGCAGUAAUGCCUUUAUUUCAGGCUUGGUGAUCCUUAGGUAUGGUUAUAAAAUCAUGAAACAGAAAAAAGGAGGGGGAGCCCUAAAACUGCUGUGGGCACAUUUUGUAAUCUUGAUGCUGCACCCACUUACCCUAUUGUGCUGUUUGUUUUUUUGUUUUGCAUAAUUUCAGCUUCUAUAUAUUAUAUGAAUAUAUUUUUAAAGAAUCUAUAUUUUGGGAAAAACACAGACACACAGUGUGUCUUUCAGAUUUUUACCUUUAUGAGGGGGAAAAUACAAGACACUUAAAACGUUCAUCAAGACUUAACUAACCACCUAGGCCCGAAGUCACAUCAUGUGGCUUUGCAACUACUUUGUUUUCAUUUUAUUUCAGAGAUUUAAAUAACUGGGAGAAUGGUCCUCCCCACCCCAUUUUUUUUCUAUCUCUAACAGAUAUCCCCGGCAGUCAAUUUAUUAGAUAUAAAACAUACAAAUAAGCCAACAUACAGUCUUCCUUCACAAGUAUUUAUUCACUGUGUUUUUAGAUGAAUGUAUGAUGAGAAAUUCCACAUUAAUAAUUGUGGAUUUUCUUAUCACAAAAAUAAAGCGAAGGACCUCAAGAACCGGAACAGUCUAUCAACCAAUUAGAAUCUAUUUAUCUUCAUUGAAUGUCUUCUAGAACAUGGAAAAAGUAUUAAGUACAAUGUAUCUUCCAUGCUACAUGUAUAAUAAGAACUUCUAUAAUUGUACAGAUUCCUUUGAUGUAUUUUCCCCUCAAGAUGAUCAGUUGUGUGUUUGACAAGUGAAUAUUAAAUAAAUCUGUAAUCAGUUGGAAUUUUUGGUUUAUAAACAUAAUAGGAAUUGUUUCCCAAACAGAAAAUGUGUAAAAGCAGUAUUAAAAUUUAAGCAAACAAGUGUUCUGUAUCUACUUUAAUAAAUAGUUAUUCUUU